UAACAUUAUAUUUGCAUUCAAAAACAAAUCCUCUUACAAUUGUAUUUGCGUUUUAGUUCAUCGAAUUGUGCAUCGUGCAUCUUUCCUAGUUAAAAAAACAUUUCCAUGGUUUUGCAAUGGCUUUUUAAAAAAUUAUUAUUUUAUUUUAUUUAUUUAUUUUUGGCUGCGUUGGGUCUUCAUUGCUGCGCGCGGGCUUUCUCUAGUUGUGGUUCUCUUUUUGCGGAGCACGAGUGUGGGCUCUAGUGUGGGCUUCAGUAGUUGUGGCUCAUGGGCUCUAGAGCACAGGCUCAGUAGUUGUGGCAAACAGGCUUAGUUGCUCUGCGGCUUGUGAGAUCUUCCCUGACCAGGGCUUGAACCCGUGUCCCCUGUAUUGGCAGGCGGAUUCUUAACCACUGCACCACCAGGGAAGUCCCUGCAGUGGCUUUUUUUUUUUUUGGCGGUACGCGGGCCUCUCACUGUUGUGUCCUCUCCCGUCGCGGAGCACAGGCUCCAGACGCGCAGCGUCGGCGGCCAUGGCUCACGGGCCUAGCCGCUCUGCGGUAUGUGGGAUCUUCCCGGACCGGGGCACGAACCCGUAUCCCCUGCAUCAGCAGGCAGACUCUCAACCACUGCGCCACCAGGGAAGCCCCCUGCAGUAGCUUUUUAAGUUCUGUCAUUUUCCUAUUACAUUUGUAGCAAUUGUCCUCACUCCUGCAAAGCAGAAAUGCUUUUUUUCUUGAAAUCUGCUGUCUCAGGUCACUCUUAGUUUUCCUGUUUUUGACAGAGACAUGAACACGAAGAAAUAUUUCCCUAGUAUAAAAAAAACAACAGCAAAUGGGAUGAUAAAUGGCAACUGAAACUGCUUCAGUUAGAGAUUAUAGGGUUUGGUGGGAGAACUGUCCACUUGGCUAGAAUACACCUGGUGUAAAGAUGUCAGGAAGUGCUCAGCUCCAGCCAGUUGCUAUCUUGUUGGAAUUGGGCCCCUGCGUUGUUAGAUAUUUUAAUCUUUAAGAGGAGCCAGCAAUCUGGACAUUAUGGACUAUUUCCAUCUUUGCGUAAUGGCUCAAGGUGCAGGCCAAACAAAACAAAUCAUAGGCCAGGUGCAAUCCCAGGCCAAUAGUUUGCUAUCUUUGGUUUAAAUUAUAAGCACUUUAGAAUAGGAACUUAUUUUGUUCUUUAUUGUUCUCUAUGCCCAUAACAGGUCCCCUCACAUAUUUGGUAGUCAAUAAAUGUGUUGAGUAAAGGAAGAAAGAAAUGGACACUGUCCUUAAAAAGUUAUUAGGGAUCAGGUGGUAGUGAUUGCCUAAAACACUUCUAGAGAGAGAAAGAUAACAUUUAUUGAGCACCUGUUAUGUGUCAUACAUAAAAGUACAUUAUCUUAUUUAAUGCUUCUAUGAUGCUACUUAGGGAUUUCCCCUUCCAUAAUUUAUAUGAGGAAACAGGCUGAGGGAGGUGAAGUAACUUGCCCAAGAGCAUACAGCCAGUAAGUGAAAAGCCAGUGGCUUCUGAUGCAACUGUGGGUCGACUGAUUUGCUGUUUGAGCAAACCCAUUCAUUUCUGAGGGCUAGAAAUCUGCAAGGUUGGCUUUUGUCCUAAACCAUUUGUAGCUAUGGACUUGCCAGAUAAAAGCCAGUGGGAUGAAACUACCUGUGACCUGGCUGUUUGUCAGCAUCCACAAUGCUGGGCAACUCUCCGCCGAAUUGAGAAGGGCCACCCUCGAAUUCUGGACUCCUCCCACAAAUCUCCUCUGGAUGCUGAAGACAGACACCCAGUGCUCACCAUUGUAAACAUCGCAGAUUCCUGCUUCCAGGCCAAGAGACUUGCUUGUGGUCAUUUAUCAGGAUUUACCUUCCCCAAGGCUCACUCUUUAUUGUCUCGACGUUCAAAGUUUUACUCCAAGUUUCAACGCAGGCCUUGGAAGGAUUUACCUGACAGAGACUUAAUACACCGUACUAACAGAUCUCCCAAAGCAAGUCACAGAUUACAAAAGCUAUCAGUGCUAAAUUUGAAUGAGACAGAACUUCCUUGUCCUCAAGAUGUAGGAAAUAUGGAUGUAAUCUGGAUCCCAGAGAAGCAUGUGAGUCCAGCUGAGAAGAAGCGUAUUAUUCGCAGCCAGGAUGGGGAGAUGAAAAGAAAGAAAUCUACAGGGAAACACAAGUCAUCUCGGGACACAGAAACACAGUUGGGACCUCCAGGGAUGAUUGUGCCUCCUCCCUCCCCAGUACACUCGUUUGAACAACUAAGUUCAGAAUGCGUACCUUUAUGGAACCAGUAUGACAUGUUACCUCAGGAACUACUGAAGGACCUCUUGCUGGAUAAAGGGAAAACCAUACCUUAUCUGGAGAUGCAGACACAGUUGGCCAUGAUGAAAAAGAAACCUCCCCUGGAAAAGAGCCGACCUGACAGUGCCAUUUCUGCUAAGAUGUAUUUAUCUGUACACUGCCUCACCCUGCAAAGACCAGCAUUGAGAUAUCCUGAACAUUUGAAGAAACUAUAUCAUAACCUGACAACAGAAGGUUACAGGAAGCAGCAGUGGCAGCAGCAGAGGAAGGUGAAGACAGCUACUGGGAAACAGGAGGCUAAAAAGAAAUCCAAGAGUGAACCAGGGAGCCACAACACCUCGCAUAAACGUUCAGGUGCCAUGGUUUAUGACCCACGCUGUGGUCACAGAACUCUACCAGGUCGGGAAAGUGACAAAAAACAGCAGCAGCAGAUGAAGAUAGAAGGCCUCACUUUGAAACAGGAUUCCACGGAGAGACCACAGAUGGACUGCACUAAGAAAAACCUGGAUUCCUUCCCCGGUAGGAAGAGUCCUGAGUUAUCCACAAUAGAAUGCACUAACAAGGACAUCAGGACUCAGAUGGAGAUUUUGCUGGAAGCCCAAGAGAGGACCCCAAACAGUACUUCUAGAACAGGCUGGAACCCUGAGCUCAAACUGCUGAGGAUUCUUCAGGCCACUGAUGAAGAGGACGGGGAGAACCAACCCUCUGGGGCACAGAGUGAAGAGUCUCUGGAGGCACAGGCGGAAGGCAUCAUGGGGCAGCCUUAUUCCAGAGCAGGAUGCUUGGAUUCCUGAGGACAGUGACCUUGGACAUAAGGGCAGGAAGGAGAGGGGACUUCUACUUCCUGGAGCCUCUACCGGGGUCUGACCUUAGGGAUUCUGUUUUCUUCAUUCACUUCUACUUGCUUCUAAAAUAAGCGAGGGAGAAAAAGCCCCACCCCUUUCUAACUUAGACUGUUUCUCUUCCAUUGGGGCCAGGAUAAUUUUAGUGAUUAAAUACAGCUGCUGCUUAUCAAAACUCAUUUCUUUGUUUCUGGGUCACUUUUAUCUCCUCUCUGAAACUGAAAGGUUUCUAGUUAUAGGAAGAUGAAUUUGGCCUGUGGGAACCCCUACUGUGUUGCUUUUCCUCUUAUUCCCUGGAAAUGGUUUAUUUUGAGGAUGGCAUCUGCAUCAUUAUCAAAUAACAUUCA